AUGGUGAGGAUUAGCAAGGGACGUCAAAGAAUCACCAUGGCUAAAAUGCAGAACGAGAGUAACCUUCAAGUAACCUUCUCUAAGAGAAGGACUGGAUUGUUUAAGAAAUCCAGCGAACUUACCACACUAUGUGGUGCUGAGAUGCUGAUGAUUGUCUUCUCUCCGGGGAAGAAGGUAUUCUCGUUUGGUCACCCGAGCGUCGAGGAAUUGAUUGCUCGAUUUAUGGGGACUGAUGGUCCAUCCUCCUCCUCGAUGGGACUUUCCCACGAGACUCAACAGCUUGUGGAGGCUCACAGGCAUACUAACAUCCGGGACCUGAAUGCUCGACUAAUGGAGGUUCAGGAACAGUUGGAGGCUGAGAAAAGGCGUGGGGAGGCCAUCACCCAAGCCUUGCGUGCUGGAAGGGAGCAAAGAUGGUGGGAACGUUCUAUAGAGGAGAUGAGCUAUGCUCAACUCGAGCAGCUCAAGGGUUCUCUUGAGAACGUGAAGGCCAUGGUUGCCCAACACAUGUCUGAGGCUUCCAACCCUCUUCACUUGCUAGCGGCAACUAGCUCCGUUAAUAAUAAUGGUGGCGAAGGUAGCUCCAAUGGGGGCUUCAAUUUCAACCGCGGUCCUCAGCCACCUACUUUUGGUGGUCCUCAUCCUGCUAUGGGGAGGAACUCCAGUUACUUCCGUGGUGGCCCUAGUAGAAGAAGGGCUCAGAAAGUUGAUUCCAAGAGUGAGAAACAUCUGAAUUUGGUAUCUAUGGAGUCAAGUGUCUUAAGUAAGACUCUGUAUGAAUCCAAUAUAGAACCAUAUAGUACUGGAGUUCUGAAGGUCUAUGAUGUUCAUACUAUCUAUUGGGAACGUAUGGGAAUCCAGAUGGUCAUGUGA